AUGGCUUCGGAUAAUGUUUGUUUAUCGAUAGCACGCGACGAAAUGAGGGUCAAACAUCACCGCCAAACACAUCCCACAUCACAGCCGCCGUCGCCAAUGUCUUCGUCCCAUCGCAGCGAUUGUCGCAUAUAUGUCGGUAAUCUUCCGCCGGAUAUCCGCACCAAAGACAUCGAAGACCUGUUCUACAAGUUCGGGAAGAUAUCGUUCAUCGACCUGAAGAACCGAAGGGGUCCGCCGUUCGCUUUCGUCGAGUUCGAGGACAACCGUGACGCUGAAGACGCUGUCCACUCGCGCGACGGCUACGACUACGACGGCUAUAAACUGCGAGUGGAGUUCCCCAGAGGUAAAGAGCGCGGACCGGGCGGUGCGUUCACGUCGGGCGGCUCCCGGAGCCGAGACGGUGGUGGCGGGGGAGGAGGCGGUGGCGGCGGAGGAGGAGGUGGUGGUAGAUCUACCAGCGGCGGCGGUGAGGGCAGCGGUAGGGGUCGCGGACCGCCCGCCCGGCGCUCGCAAUACAGAGUCACCGUUUCUGGUCUGCCGCCGACCGGCAGUUGGCAGGACCUGAAGGAUCACAUGCGCGAAGCGGGCGACGUAUGCUAUGCCGACGUGUUCAAGGAUGGCACCGGUGUUGUCGAGUUCUUGCGCUACGAAGACAUGAAAUACGCGGUGAAAAAGUUGGACGACUCCCGGUUCCGGUCCCAUGAGGGCGAAGUGGCGUACAUACGGGUGCGCGAAGACUACGGCGGCAGUAGUGGCGGCCGUUCGCGCAGUAGGUCCCGGUCGUAUUCGCCGCCCCGCCGGUCGCGCGGUUCGCCCACCUAUAGCCCGGCCCGCAAUCAUUCCCGAUCGGCCUCGAGGUCGAGGUCUGGGAGGUCCAGAUCGAGGUCGCACUCGCGCUCUCGAUCCCUAUCGAAAAGCGGAGACAUUAAGACUAUAACCAUAGGAUUAGCCAAUAGGACUCUCACUAUCACUGCCCGUCCACUGAUGUCUCCGCACAACCAAAGGACAGGACAGUACAGGAGCUGA